UUCUCCUUCUUUUCCAUGUGAGGCAUCGUUUUAGAAAACUGCUCUUUGCUGGCUCUUCAUUUAUUUAUUUAUUUUGAAACUCCAAGCUGGGAGAUCACUUUCGUUUCUGCUGGCUGCUGGAGCUGUUUCUGCCAAAUCACAAGGAUGCAGGAAAGGGGAGGAGGAUGCACUAAAUUUGGCAUAAAGAGGAGACUCUUUCUCUUAAAGAGGCAGCCAGAAUUUCUAUGUCUCUCAGGCUUUCAACUGACAUGGGUGGAUUGCUAACAUGCCGUCAGUGUUCCAAACGCAUGGAGAGUCUAAAGGACCACAGUUUCUGGGACUUGUGUAGGACAUGGGUGAGAUACUACUUUUGGUUCAUCCUUGUCACUGUCAUCGUGUUUACUUUAUCUAUCAUUCCCUUUUUACGGGCCCCACCAGAGCAAGUCAGGAAGUGCCCUAAAGACCAAGCCAAGUUGCUUCACAACAUCUCCCAACUGGAGGCGGAAAAACUGACUCUGAAGGAGCAACUCAGAGCAACUUCCAUCAAGAUGGAAAAGAAGAUGCAGAAGCUCAGGAAUCUUAUGAAUCAGACUCAAGAAAAGACUUUGCAACUUUUGGAAAAGAAGCAAGGAGAAGUGGAUGCCCUGAGCAAGGAAUUGUCGGUUUGCAACCAAUCCCUUGUACUAACCAGACAGCUCCUGGGGAAGGAAAAAGAGAAAGCCCAAAGUUUGCAGAAUCAACUGGAGAAGGAAAAGGAGGACCUCCGAAAGAUUCAGCAGCAGAGGGAUUCCUGGCAGAAACAGCUGAACACGUUGGAAGAAAAACUGAAGUCUCCAGGUAGUAAAAUUAAAGAAUACGAAGACAAAAUAGCAGCGCUUCAGCGGCAGAUAGAACAAGAACAUGUCAAUGUUAGACAUGAAAGAGAUGAAUAUGAGAACAGAAUCAUGAACUUACAAUAUCAAAUUGGAAGCCAGCAGCAGAAAAAGCAUCCCAUUGAAAAUAUCUUAGAAGAUGGAGCUAUCGUGUCCUGGGCGUGUGUGAUUUUGUUCCUUUUCAUCUGCUAUGUCAAAUGUUGCAGAUCCCUCGCAUCCUGGACAUAAACUGUUUCAACUCCUACCCUCAAAACGACACUAUAGAGCACUGCACACCAGAACAACUAGACACAAGAACAGUUUUUUCCCGAAGGCCAUCACUCUGCUAAACAAAUAAUUCCCUCAACACUGUCAGACUAUUUACUGAAUCUGCACUACUAUUAAUCGUUUCAUAGUUCCCAUCACCAAUCUCUUUCCACUUAUGACUGUAUGACUAUAACUUGUUGCUGGCAAUCCUUAUGAUUUAUAUUGAUAUAUUGAUCAUCAAUUGUGUUGUAAAUGUUGUACCUUGAUGAACGUAUCUUUUCUUUUAUGUACACUGAGAGCAUAUGCACCAAGACAAAUUCCUUGUGUGUCCAAUCACACUUGGCCAAUAAAAUUCUAUUCUAUUCUAUUCUAUUCUAUUCUAUCAAGUCCUGACUUGGGAUAGGCAGAUGCGGAGGCCUGAUGGUUUUAUGUCCUGAUUGUAAGCUGUUCUGAGAAAAGCUGCCUUUUGCAAUUGACUGGUGGUGAUUUUCUCAAUGCCGAUGGUGUUCAAGGGGUGCUUCAACCAAAUACAGAGAGCACCAAAGACCCCGAACUACAAAUAUUCUCCUUUAAUGAUGCUCCAGUUGUUUUGGGAUUGCUGCCAAGAUUCCUAUUACAGGUAGUCCUUCACUUACAGCAGUUUGUUUAGUGACUGUUCAAAGUUACAAUAGCAUUGAAAAAAAUUGACUUACUUUCACACUUACAACCAUUGAAGCAUCCCUGAUCAAAAUUCAGUCACUUGGCAACUGACUUGUAUUUAUGACGGUUCCAGUGUCCUGGGGUCAUGUGAUCAACUUCUGCAACCUUCUGACAAGCAAAGUCAGUGUGGAAACCAGAUUCAUUUCACAAUUGUGGCACUAACUUCACAACUGAAGUGAUUCACUUAACAACCGUGACAAGAAAGGCCGUAAAAUGGGGCAGCAUUCACUUAACAAAUGAAAUUUUGGGCUCCAUUGCGGUCAUAAGUUGAGAACUACCUGUAUUAACAGUACUCUAUCUUUGCUUUCGUUUGCCACAGUUUCUCUAUUUCUAUUUGCAGGUCUUUGUAUUUUGUCACCUUCUCUGUUCUUUCUCUUCUAUUCUGCUGUCUCCAGGUACUGCCACAUCCACUAUCUGAACUUUGUUUUUCUUAUCAACAAUUGUUAACAAUUGUUAAGUUUAAUUGUGAUGGCUAACCUUUCGCGGACCGAGUAUCCAAAGCGCGCAUUCAUGCAUGCGCUAAUGCAUGGGUGCGUGCCUGAACUCCCAAUGCGUGUGCAGCCCCCACAAGCCCCCACCCUCCACACAUGUGCACGCAGGCCCCCCGCAUGCGCCCCAUCCCCACGCAUGCACGGCAGAGACUCGAAGACCAGCUGGCUGGCGGGAGGCACACACACAUGCGCAGCAGAGCUGAACUGGGGUGAUGGUUCGCAUGCCCACAGAGAGAGGGCACUGUGUGCCACUGGUUCGUCAUCACGGGUCUAGCAUGUUAUGUGGCAGGUGCCUGUUUGAAUUCUUAAGUCCCAGAGCACUUUAGCUUCUUCAUUUUCUGUUACUAUGAUUAUAAACACAGCAAUGUGAAAUCACACUUUCCCAGUUCUUUAGCUGGCAAAUUGUGUUCUUCUCAAGAACCAAGACAAUCAUAAUAUAUCGGCAUAACUUAAGUGUGGAUCUAAGCAGUGUGGCCUGUUGUAAUUGACAAAUAGAAAUGUUGUCAAUGCACAGAUUUUGUUAUUAUCAUUAUUUUUUAUAAUAUACUAAUAUUUCAAGUAAACCACAACCUGUGAAAUAAAAAUACAAUAAUACUUA